AUGCCUUACCUUUUCGAGGACAAAAUUGAAGACCUUCCAUUGGACCUUGAGCUCGGCUCCAGGAUGGUGCCUGCGGGUAAGGAUGGAGAUGACAUAGUUUACAGAAACCGUGCAUUGCCUGGGAAGCUCAUUGAAGGUUUGCAUCCUUCGCUUAAGACCUACGAUGAUAUGUUCAAUAGAGCGGUCAGACUACAUGGUCAAAAGCCAUGUCUCAGUUACCGACCUUAUAAUUAUGCGCGUGCCAGAUCAGAGCCAUUCUUCAAAACGUUAUCAUAUUCCGAGGUACAAAGAAAAAGACUCGCAAUUGGCUCUGGAAUCUUGGCUUGCUUGAAAUUGGCUGUCCCAGAAGAAGUUGACAGACAUGUCAGAAACUACAUGAAGUACGACAUCGACAACUAUUCCCCAAUGAUCUCAAUAUACCUGGCCAACAGGCACGAAUGGUUGUUAACGGACUUGGCAUGUCACGCUUUCUCAUUCACCAACACUGCUUGUUACGACAAUCUUGGUGACGAUGUGACUUCCCAUAUCUUGACAAUCACUGGCUCCCCAAUCAUCUUCUGUCUGGGCGAUAAGGUCGAGAAAUUGGGCAAUUUUAGUAAGGCAAAAGACUUCCCAGUGAAAGUCGUGGUUUCUUUCGAUCCGGUAUCGCCUGCUAGGAGAAGCAAGUUGAUGGAAACUGGCAUUCAGGUUUACGAGUUUAGUGAAUUGGAGGCAAUUGGCUCCCGAGCUCAGUACCAACCGAUGCCCCCACAUCCUGAGACUCUUUUCACUAUCAGUUUCACUUCAGGUACCACUGGGGCGAUGCCAAAAGGUGUUAUGUUGAAUCACAAGGCAUCAGUGUGCGCAAUGUGUUACUUGAUGGCCGGACAACCUCUUGUUGAAGAAGGCAGAACUUUUGCAUUUUUACCAUUGACUCAUCUUUACGAGAGGGAAACAAGCGCCUACGCAUUGGUACGCGGGUAUCACAUUGGUCUUCCAGACAUCGCCUAUGAGGGAACACCUUACAAUGCCUUUGAAACCUUGCUCGAAGAUUUGAAGCUCUUCAAGCCUCACUACAUAUCGCUUGUUCCAAGAAUAUCAACUCGAAUUGAGUCUUUGAUCAAAUCUCAUGUCUCCAAGCUACCUUCGAAGGAGGCAGUGGAAGAGGUCAUCGGUAAGAAGAUUGCCCAACAAAGCACAGCAGACUUCUCCAAGGGAGAAGACUUUGGCUUGCAAGCCUGGAAGGAUUUACGAAAACUCAUUGGUUUUGAUAACUUGCUUUGGAUCCAAGUGGCAUCUGCACCGACAAACAAGUACACACUUCAGUACUUGAAAGGUUCCCUUGACAUUGGUGUCUCUCAGAUGUAUGGCCUUACGGAAACUUUUGGAGCCAUGACGCAAAGUUUGAUCUAUGAGGCAGAGCCUGGAUCAUGCGGUGUGGGAGGUCUUUCUGUGGAGUAUAAACUUCAAGAUCGUACUGAGAUGGGCUAUCACGUUAAAGAGAAUAAAGGAGAGCUCCUAGUUCGUGGCCCUCAGGUUUUCGAACGAUAUUUCAAGAAUCCUGAAGCAACUGCCAAGGACAUCGAUCGAAAGGGCUGGUUCUCCACUGGAGAUGUGGUCGAGUUGAGGAGUGGAAGACUCUAUGUGAUUGACAGAGUCAAAAACUUCUUCAAGCUUGCACAUGGCGAGUACAUCUCACCAGAAAAGAUUGAGAAUUUGUAUUUGUCAAAGAAUCCUUUCAUCACGCAAGUUUACGUUCAUGGUCACCCAUCUAGGGACUACACUAUUGCUAUAGUGGGGAUUAACGAACCAUUUGGACACGAAUUUGUUCAGCGUGCGGGACUUAAUGCUCUCGAAAUGAUAACUGAGAUAAACAAGCCUACACACAAACAAAAGCUCUUGGCUUUGAUGAACAAAAAUGUUGCAAACUUCACCAACGGUAUCGAAAGAGCACGGAAUGUUUUCUUUGAUAUCAAUCCGUUAACAGUGGAGCGCAAUGUGGUUACACCAACAAUGAAGUUGAAGAGAGCUUUAGCCUCAAAGUUUUUCGAUGAUGUGAUCACAUCCCUUUACAACGAAGGUCCACUUGAUUCUGCAAGUAAAUUAUAA